AUGACUUAUUUAGGCUGGAAGGUAAGAAACUUACGACACAGACUCUUCGUAAAUUUUCAAGGAAAACUAAUUUUGCAUUCCAUUGACCAAGGAGUACUGAAUCGACGACAACUCGCGAAGUUUCUUAUUGAAGAAAAGUUGUCUGCAGAUGUCAACAUGAAGAUCACCAGAAAAAACUUCGAAGAUAUGGUAGAAGAAAUAAUUGACCUUGUUCCAACUGAAAACAGAGAAAUUUACUACGUACCGUCCAGAUUCGUGGACGGACGAAAAAUGUCUUGCAAGGGAAUUCUAUAUGAUAACUAUUGUAAUAACAGAAAGAAAUUCAUCAAACUUGGUUUGAUUCAAAAGGGGCAUAAAAUGUAACAUGAGAAAGUUUCCGAAGGUAAAUAAUCAAUUCGUGUUAAUAACUGUUGUACGUACUUAUAUCAAUGUCA